AUGGCUGACUUCAACAUCCAGCCAGCAGACCUUGUCCCUGUCCGCAAUGAGGGCAGAGUCUUGGUGUACAAGAAUGUGGACCGCACCAGCGCUAAGGCCCAUGCUGUGAGGGUCCCUUUGGCUUACACCUUGGGGCCUGUCCUCAAGGCUAUGGUCAAGAAGAUGACCACUCUUGCAGACUCCAACAUCUCGUUGUGGGUCAAGGAUGACUGGGAGAUGAAGGGCCCAUUUGCUGUGGUUGUUCAGGGGGAUGAGCCCAUUGAGUGGGACAACAACAAGGAAAUGGAGUUGUUAAUGGACCCUUCAAUCCAAGGCUCUGGCUUCCAUCCCCCUCCCUCCCCUUCUGUUUACUCUGCUGCUGCCCCAUCAAGCAUCUCUUCCCUCGCUCCCUCUGCCUCUGUCUCCACUGCUGGUGUCGACACUGCCUUGCUUACCAUUGCCCAACUCGCCAGCACCUUCUCUGAUCCUGCCCUGCUUCAGCUCGCCAUCAUGCUGAAGGUGCCCUUUAGCAUGACACCCAAGGCAUCUGGCAAAGGCAAGAUCCUUCAGAUCUUUGCUAGGAUGAAGGUGUUAAACUUUAGGCUAUUAUAG